ACGCUAUCGAAUGGUUAUUCGCUUCGUAGCUGUCGUCGGGGUUAGACGUGGUUCUUGGUGUUGUUCGUAGUCUCGUACGAAAAGGAUUGUGAAGUUUGGAAAUUGGAUCCUUGUUUGAAGUGUUUCCUUUUAAAUUUGUGAUUUAAGUAAACUCAGAUUGUCUGCAUCGAACUAAGUGUUAGUGUUUAUUUUACUGAACAGAGGCACAUAUCGCGCCGGUGAAAGUUAAAAAGUACAGUCAUGACCGCGGUUCAAGUUAAUCCUGUAUUCUCGCGACCUCGGGCUCCAGCUCGUUUAGCUCCUCCAGUUCCGUCAGCUACUCCAGCUCCGUCAGCUACUCCAGCUCCGGCAUCUAAUCCAGCUCCCCCAACUCCUCCAGUUCCCCCAGCUCCUGAUAAGUCACCAGUGCUGCGUGCCAAGCGCUGUUUAUUUGGUCCUGCAGAUUCGGCCGAAAUUGCUCGUAUUCAAAAAGAAGAAGCUGAUGCCACGAUGAAAAAAUUCAACCAAAGAUUCGUGAUCAUCGGACCUUUGUUACCAAACUUGGGUCAGAUCCCAACCGAUGCUGAAGAAAAUAAUGGUGAAAGCAGUGAAAGGCUGGCCCCCAAUCCGCCGAGUACUACCUCGGUACUACCAAAUCCAAGCCAGUCGGAAAGGAGAGUGCAGUGUAAUCCUGGAAUUUUGGGUUAUUUCGAACCUUUGGAUCCUCGAAACCUGGGUGGGGUAUCAACCGAUGCUGAAGAAAGUAAUUACGAAUGCAGUGAAAGGCUGGCCCCCAAUCCACCGAGUGCUGACUCGGUACUAUCAAAUCCAAGCCAGUCGGAAAGGAGAGUGCAGUGUAAUCCUGGAAUUUUGAGUUAUUUCCGAGAAAAGAGGCGUCAGACACCUUACUCGCGUCAAACGAAGGAGCAAAGUUCGACUGCGCCCAAGGGAUCGCAGGAGGAAACAUCCCCCAGCCGCAUUUAGUGCCGCUAUCAUAAAAGGCAAAUGCGAUUAUAAUACAUCGCUUAACUUGGUACUUUCAGCGUAUGAUUGCGCUUUGCAUAUCCUCCGACAGAUGGAACAUUUUUCGACUUCCGAGCGAAGGUGCAAUUCUGCUUUGCGCGACGAAUCACUGCACAAGGACGGAACGACGGGGCUUACCUCCCACUUAAUACCACCCUUGUGUAUCCUCGUGUUGUAGAAGGAUGAAAACAAUGUACCAGCAUUUAAUUGGAAGUCAGAGACAUGUUCCACGGUUAGUCUUUGGAAGAGAAGAACUACGGACGAUAUGAAAAAAGGGUUGAAUAUUCCACCCCUUUGAUACAAUUGGAAUCGUAUUUAUUCACCAGCUGCACCCUAUCCAGGGCGAAUUCAUAGUUUUAAGUGUAUUCGUGUGUUUGGUCGAAACUUGGACAACUUUAGAUUUGAAUAUGUGUAUACCCUUUGACAGUUAUUUUAAACGAGAUAAUAUAUAUUUUUUGAAUACCAUAAAGGAUCAAAAAGCGCCGCGACGGUGCUUAAAAUAUUUAAAGCUAAAGGAUCGAUGUGAUUUACGCUAUAUUUAUUAUACAAACGCAAUAAAUUAAAUUAAAAUGAGA